AUGUUUUCAAGACUGAAAGUAGAUGAGAAGGACCUUCAGCUUCAAAAAAGCAGAAGUGUACUGCUUGACGAAAGUUCUAGCAAUGGAAAUGUUUUCGAGCGUGAAAAUACACACAGGAGAUUAGAGAGCAGACAUGUUCAGUUGAUUGCAAUCGGAGGUUCUAUAGGUACUGGUCUUUUCAUCACUAUUGGUUCCACCUUAACUACAGGAGGACCCUUGGGACUUCUUUUGAGUUACACAUUCUGGACCUUUGUCAUUUUGUUGUUAACGACUGCAGUCGGUGAAAUGGUUUCCUUUUUACCAGUAAACUCGCCUUUUUUGACCAUGGCUGGCAGAGUUAUCGAUCCUGCUUUCGAGUGUGCUGCAUCGUUCAAUUUUUGGAUUAUGCAAAGUUUAUACAUACCUUUUGAAAUAACUGCUGUAAAUGGAAUGAUCCACUAUUGGAGAGACGACUAUUCUCCAGCUAUAACUUUAUGCAUUCAGAUUGCCAUUUACGCUGUAAUUAAUGUUUUUGCUGUGAGAUUAUAUGGUGAGCUGGAGUUUUGGUUAUCUAUUGGUAAGCUUAUUUUAUGUAUUGGUUUGUUAUUAUUCACUUUGGUAACUAUGUGUGGUGGCAACCCUGAACAUGAUGCAUAUGGAUUUAGGAACUGGCACGUUAAGGGUGGCCCAAUGGGCGAAGCUAUUACCACUGGACUGUUAGGAAAAUUUCAAGGAUUCUUGGGAGCUUUAAUCAGUGCAUGUUUUACUGUUGUUGGACCUGAGUAUAUGUCUAUGGUUGCAGGUGAAGCUAUGAACCCUAGGAAGGUAAUGCCCACAGCAUUUAAAACCGUUUUAUACAGGUUAUCACUAUUUUAUAUUGGCGGUGCAUUAUCAGUGUCCGUUUUGAUUGCCUACAAUGACCCAGAGUACCUUCGUUUGACGAGUGACACUUCGAAUGCUGCUUCAUCUCCAUAUGUUGUAGCAAUGAAGAAUUUGCACAUUAACGUGUUACCUCACAUCGUUAAUGCUCUUAUAUUAACUUCAGCAUUCUCUGCAGGAAACUCAUAUACAUACUGUUCUUCUAGAGCACUUUAUGGUUUAGCAAAGAAGGGUUUUGUUCCUCGUUUUUUCAGUCGCUGUACGAAGAAUGGAGUGCCUUUGUAUUGUGUCGGUGUUUCGGUAUGUUUCUCGAUGUUAUCAUUGAUGCAACUUGGGGAAUCAGGUACAAAAGCAUUGAGUUAUAUGGUAAGUUUAUGCACAGGUUCACAAUUAUUAAACUACGGGUUUAUGACAAUUAUAUACAUGGGAUUCUAUAACGCUUGCAGAGUGCAAGGAUUGGAUAGGUCAACCUUUCCCUACAGGGCUUGGUUUCAGCCUUAUUCGAUAUGUGUUUCGGCAUUUUUCAUAUGGUGUAUGGUGGGUUGUAUUGGUUAUACUUGCUUCCUUCCUGGUCAAUGGUCUGUUGAUACCUUCUUAUACAACUAUGUUAUGAUAUUUGUGUCUAUUGGUAUAUUCAUUUUUUGGAAAUUAUUCAAGAGAACAAAGUUCAUCAAGCCUUCCGAAGCCGAUUUGUUUACAGGAUUAGAUGAAAUCGAAGACCAUGAGUAUCAGUAUUAUGCAAAGAGAGAGGUUUCAGACAAGGAACGAAAAGAUAGCAUUUUUAGGAGGAUCAUGAAUUGGGUAUUUUAG